ACAUUAAGAGGAUGUGAAAUAAAGCAUUGUUUAUGCAGCUGCUGCCUCCGUCGAGUAAGUAGCCUAUGCCAGAAUCUCAAUUCUAUUCCUGUUCUUCAAGACUGUCCAAGGAAGAGGGAAGCAAAAGACCAGAAACCAGCUUUUAUGGAUGCUUAUAUAAAUGCAGAUGAGAAGUCCAGAGUCCUUAAAUCUGUGAAAAAGUGAAGAGUGACAGGAAAGGGGGGAGAAAGAGAGAGAAAAACCUGCAGCAAAGGGUCACAGGUUGGAGUCAAACCCAUGGCCACUGCAGCAAGGACUCAGCGUUGCUAGCAGACGAGGGCUCCGCUCACAGCUCUGCAGAGGCUAUGCUGAGACUGAGCCGGCGUUGGAAGCAGGAUCUCUGGCUGCCAUCAACAAGUUAGGGUUGGAAGACCACAGCCAUGAAAGAGGAACGCUUGAUCUUCAAUUAACCAUCUGAGCUGACAUCAUUGCGGUGGAAGGGAAACAAAAGGGUAAAAAAAAGAAAAAGAAAAAAGAGAGGAGGGGGGGAUCUGUUCACCGGAGUCGCUCUGGAUGCAACUGAUCAACUUAAAAAAAAUAUAUAAAUAUUUAUUUCAAGGAUUUUUGGGAUGAAGGAAAAGAUUCAACCCUCUCUUUGAGCUUGGAUUUUAAAAAGGACUCUAAGCAAAAUAACGGAAAUAAACAUCAUCUUGUGACAUGGAAUUUCUUAUUUUGUUUCAAUUGGGUGGGCUCAGAAUUGCUUUAUUUCCAAAGAGGCUGAUUCCUUUUGUGCUUACUCAAAAGGGUUUUUUCCCUUUGGAUUUUUCUUCCAUCUGGUUGCUCCAAGAGUCUGCGGAAAAGGACAGUUGAAUGCAGCCUCCGAUGUGCACAAAAGAAUGGGUUUCCAUUCAAGGUGGCCAUUGGUGGGACCUGCACCAGCGGCUCUGUGUCUGUGUGUGAUAAGCAUGCUCCUAGUGUGCCUGCUGCCUCCUGCAUCGUGCACAACCUGCCCUCAAAAAUGCCGCUGUGAGGACCUGCAGUUCUACUGCGACACCCAGGGGCUUCAGGCACCCCCAGAUGGUGUGGACAAGGGGGCCCUGGGGUUGUCACUACGCCACAAUAGCAUCACUGAGCUCAGUCCUGAUCAAUUCUAUGGCUUCAGCCAGCUCACCUGGCUACAUCUAGACCACAACCAGAUUACCACAGUACAAGAGGAUGCCUUUCAAGGUCUCUACAAGCUGAAGGACCUCAAUCUGAGUUCCAAUCGUAUCACCAAGUUGCCCAACACAACCUUCAUCCACCUCAUCAAUCUCCAGAUACUGGACCUGUCCUUCAAUCAGAUGACUGCAUUGGAACCAGAGCUGUUUCAUGGACUAAGGAAGCUCCAGAUACUCCACCUCCGCUCCAAUUUACUUCGCACCACACCUGUUCGAGCAUUCUGGGACUGCCGCAGCCUGGAAUAUCUGGGCCUAAGCAGCAACCGCCUACGGAGCCUGGCUCGGAAUGGAUUUGCUGGGCUCAUUAAGCUUAAAGAGCUCCACUUGGAGCACAAUCAGCUAACCAAGAUCAACUUGGCCCAUUUCCCUCGCCUUGUUGCCCUCCAGUUUCUGUAUCUGCAGUGGAAUAAGAUCAGCAACCUAACAUGUGGCAUGGAGUGGACCUGGACCACUUUAGAGAAACUGGACCUCACAGGAAAUGAAAUUCGUGUCCUGACACCUGAUGUGUUUCAAACGCUGCCAAAUUUAAAGAUUUUGUUGCUGGAUAACAACAAACUAAGCAGUCUGGAUCCUCAAGUCAUGGAUAUGUGGCAGUCUCUGGGUACCAUUGGGCUGUCUAGCAACCUUUGGGAAUGUACCAAAAGGAUUUGCUCUCUGGCCACUUGGCUAAGCACCUUUAAGGGAAGGUGGGAACAUUCCAUUCUCUGCCAUAGUCCUGAAUAUGCCCAAGGUGAGGAGAUACUUGAUGCUGUUUAUGGAUUCCAGCUUUGCCAGAAUUUUUCAGCGCCUGUUGUUCAGACCAUUAGUACAACCACAGACGCUACUAUAGCUGCAGAGAUAACAAGCUCCUUGUUUGGAAUUAUGCAGCCGACCCCCACACAGGACUAUGCAGAGGAUUUUGGGAGCUUUACCACAGUCACUACCACAACAACCACAACACAAACACCACGCACUGCUCAAGCAACUACUGCUACAUUUGAAGAGGCAGCUGUAACGGAUGACUCCACGGCAAUGGACAACACUGUUAUGACUCAUAGGGUUAUCAUUGGAACUAUGGCCCUUCUAUUUUCAUUCUUUUUCAUCAUUUUCGUUGUGUAUAUCUCACGGAAGUGCUGCCCUCCCACCCUGCGCCGGAUACGCCACUGUUCGGCUAUUCAGAACCGCAGACAGAUGAGGACCCAGCAGCGGCAGCCAAUGGCAGAUCUAGCUACACAGGUACCCUAUAAUGAGUAUGAGCCCAGCCAUGAAGAAGGGGCACUCGUGAUCAUCAAUGGCUAUGGGCAGUGCAAGUGUCAGCAACUGCCUUACAAAGAGUGUGAAGUAUGAACUCUUAUUUAUUCCUAGAGCAUAUGGUUUUGCCAUUUGACCAUUUCAGAUGAUACAGGGUUUGCUUUUUUGCUUUUUUUCCCCUCCAGUUUAUGUAAAAAGCAUAAUUUCUACAAGUGAGAUUUGAGAAUAUGUGAGAAAUGAUGAAUGCAACAAUGACAGGGGUUGGACAUGACAGUUUAGGGAUGAUGAUGAGAUAGUCACAAAUUUAUUUUUCUAUGAAUGCAAGGUUGUUCAUAUCAGGCAAGGGCAAUCAUUUUAAACAAGAAAAUUGUAAACUGUGAGAUUUGUCUCCACAUUGUCUCUAUAUUCUGCAGCACAGAGAAAAUAUUUAGCCAAAUGGCCCUCUGCUAACGGAAUACAUUAUGUGGAGAAAUGUGAUUUAUGUCUUAUUUCUUUUAAAAAGUAAAUAUUUGAAAUCAUGUUUCUAUCUGCACCACAGGCAGUUCAAGCCAAUCACUUAAUCACUGGGGCAAAUUAACUGGAUCAAUUAUCAGAAUGUUUUUGAUUUAUAGUUUCAUUGUUUUCAAUAUGGCCACCAAGACCAAAAUCUAACUCCGAAUUAUAAAUAAAAAUAAAUGUCAUUAUUGUUAUUAUUUUACAACUAAAAAUGAGUUCUCUGUUGAGGAGAGAAAAACCCUGAAAUCCUGUUCAGUAUACACUAAUGAUAUCACUUUUACCAAAUCAAACAUUAGUCAAUUAGGAAAGUCUACAGCCUUCCAUCAGAUCAAAACACUCUGCGUUUCCUGUUUACAGAAUU